GAAGAAGAAGAAAUACGAAGAAAAGUGAGACAACACUGUCAUACACAGUACCAGUGUUUUGGACAAAUGUACACGAUCUUCCAUACUCUCUAGUGGCUUCCGUCUUGUAUCGGAGAUUCAAGCGUACAUAAAAGUCGGAAGAACAUCACUGCUCUGUUUCUCUCUCGCUCUCUCUGGUUUUCUAUUCUUCUCUCUCCGUUUCUGCACUUACGAGGAGCGACAGAUGUUGGUUAUAAAUGCUUUAGCCCUAGUUCGAAUGUCGACGAGAGCUUUCCUUGUGGUGGAAAGCGAUGACAUCGCAUUCGGAUCCUUCUGGUGGUACACAUACGCAGGGAUCUCAUGCGUCCUUGUUCUCUUCGGAGGAAUCAUGUCCGGCCUCACGUUAGGAUUGAUGUCCCUCGGUCACGUCGAGCUUGAAAUCCUUCAGAGAAGCGGAACCUCCACGGAGAAGAAGCAAGCAGCUGCUAUCCUUCCAGUCGUUCAAAAGCAACACCAGCUUCUUGUGACUCUGCUUCUAUGUAAUGCUUGCGCCAUGGAGGCCCUUCCUAUAUAUUUGGAUAAGAUCUUCCAUCCGUUUGUAGCUGUUGUUCUUUCCGUAACCUUUGUUCUAGCUUUUGGAGAGAUUAUUCCACAAGCAAUAUGCUCAAGAUAUGGACUUGCUGUAGGUGCAAAUUUUGUUUGGCUUGUUCGUAUUUUGAUGAUAGUCUGCUAUCCAAUAGCUUAUCCUAUUGGGAAGGUUUUGGACUGGGUAUUGGGACAUAAUGAAGCACUAUUCAGGCGGGCUCAGUUAAAAGCCCUUGUCUCUAUUCACAGCCAAGAGGCUGGUAAGGGAGGUGAACUCACACAUGAUGAAACAACGAUUAUUAGUGGAGCUCUAGAUUUAACUGAAAAGACUGCUGAGGAAGCCAUGACACCUAUCGAGUCAACAUUUUCAUUGGAUGUUAAUUCAAAACUGGAUUGGGAAGCAAUUGGGAAAAUUCUUGCUCGGGGCCAUAGUCGAGUUCCUGUCUACUCCGGGAAUCCAAAAAACAUUAUUGGACUUCUACUGGUGAAAAGUCUUCUCACUGUACGAGCUGAAACAGAGACCCCAGUCAGUGCUGUUUCUAUCCGGAGGAUACCAAGGGUUCCUGCAGAUAUGCCUCUAUAUGAUAUUCUGAAUGAAUUUCAGAAGGGAAGCAGUCAUAUGGCAGCUGUUGUGAAGGUUAAAGGGAAAAACAAGAGUCUCCCUCUUAUUGGUGAUGGAGAAAAAACUGAAGAAAACAAAGCCAUUAGUGAUGAUUCCAAAUUAACUGUUCCAUUGCUACCUAGGCAGGAAGAAAAAUCAGAAAGCAUAACUGUAGAUAUUGAAAAGGUUCCCUUGACAGUCACUUUAAACAGGCAAACCCCUCAUCACCAAACUGAUGCAGCAACCAAUGGCAUGCCCCGUCUGCCAGAAGAUAUUGAAGAUGGAGAAGUCAUUGGUAUCAUCACCCUGGAGGAUGUAUUCGAAGAGCUUCUCCAAGAGGAGAUUGUAGAUGAGACAGAUGAAUAUGUUGAUGUACAUAGAAGGAUACGUGUUGCUGCAGCAGCUGCUGCCUCAUCAGUGGCACGUGCUCCAUCAACUCGGAGAUUAGCUGGUCAGAAGGGAAUAGGAGGUCAAAGUAGGCAAGGGCAAACUCCAAAGAAUUUUGCAGAUGAUGAUUCCGACGUGACAAGAUUACAAGAACCUCUUCUUGCGAACAAGUGAUGCAAUGUUUGCCCACAAGUUCAACUGAACGUCUGAACCAAACCAUCACAGAGGGAGGUAACAUCUCCUCAAAGAAAGAGCUUCUGUAAUUUGGUGUGGUAUUAGAACUUAAGGUGAAAUUUUUAUGCACGUAAGUUUUUGUUAUUUUUCUCCUCUUUUCCCCCUCUGCAUCAGUAUGGAACCCCAUAAAUGAGAAAUACUGAUUUUCUACAAAAAAAAAAAGAAAAUAACUUAGUCAAAAUACCUGUAUUAAUCGUCUACCAGAGAAAUACCUGUACUGUUCACUCCUUAGAGAUAAAAAGAAAGUAAAUUAUUUAUUAUUCUUUAGAAAAGGUGGAUAACUGGAUAUAUCCAUAUUCUUUGUAGAAAGUGGAGAACACGAUAUAUAAAUGUGUUUGGAGAGGGCCCAUAUUCUUCUUAUGUAAUCUGUUCUUUUAGUUGAAAUAAUUAAAGUGUUUCUUUACUACUAGUCAAGAAACAUACAUGACUUCUGUCUUGUA